AUGAAUGAGACGGAUGAUGAUUCGUUUGACACCGUCUUAGGAUUGCAAGAGGGGGAAAACGACAGGCUAGUGCAUGGAACCAAGAAAACGGUUUCAACCUUAAAGAUAUCAGCCGUGGCCACACAUUACAAGACGGUUAAGCAACAUGUGUGUGACUUGAUGAAGUCACGCGAGAGAUGCCGCAUGGAAAUGAAGAAAUCCGUUUACUACUGUGACUAUCUUUGUGUGCAACAACCUGCCAUUGAUGGCAAGUUUGCGGCAUUUAUGGACGAAGAUUUGAAGAGUGACUCUACGGUUGACUUUACUGGGAGUGCUGAUUCGGCUGGUAGCAAAGCGGGAAAACUUGCUGUAUCCGCCGUCGUGGAAUCCCUUGCCACCGCAACCACCGAUUUGAAGGAAGCAAUGAGCCAAAGAAACAACGCGACGGAGGAAGUCUCUCAAACGAAGAGCUGGAAUGACUAUUUCGAUGUUGGCGAUCGCGCACUUGAAGAUCGUGCCGGCCAAGUCAGUUAUUGA